UGAGCGUGCGUGCGUGAGUGCGUGUGUGAAUGAGCAAAAAGAAAAAGAAACGAAAGUCAUAGAGAGAUGAUCAUCUCUUCCUUACCUUGACAACCCGUUCCUUGCCUCUGUCUUUCUUCCCCUCCUCACUUUCGACGUCUGAGCCUGCGUAGUCGCUUGCAAAGUCCGGCUCAGCGAUGAUGGACCUCUUUGUCGCUAACCCCUUUCUGGCCCUUCCGUGGCGCUCCUCAUCGCCGGCGCGCUCCAUCGCUCCUCUGCGUCGGGGGGCACCUAGCUUUGCUUCUCCUGGUCCCUACCUCUGCCUUAUCGUCGACGCUGCGUCUGUCCGCCGACAAAGGAUGUAUCAGAGAAGCGUCCGUCCGUCCGCAGACUGCAUGUCUGUCACGCAAAGCUCAGGGAGGGAGAGAGAACGAGAUGGGGCAGGGCCUGGCGGGCGCGCGGGCAGCGUGCGAGUCCGACCGCCUGUGCAAUUUUCCUUUGCGGCGCUCCUCCAAAUACAUUUUUCGAGUGGCGCCCAUAUCGGAGCCGUACCAGGUCGCACGCCUCUCUCUCUCUCUCUCCGAAUUCCGGACGAAGGAACAAUGGAGAGCAACACAAAGAAGUGGGAAGGGGGGAAAUGCAGGUGAGAAAAGAGGGAGGAGAUGCGGAGAGAGAAGAUGAUGACAUUGUUCAAAGACCACAAAGAGACGAGAUGAAUGAGUGUGUGUGGGCUGUUUGUGUGUGUGUGUGUGUGUGUGUGCGACGCAGAAAAG